AUAUCAAAACUUUUCUUUUCCGUGAAAAAAAGAUAAGUGGGCAAGGUUAUUUGAUUGCUGGGUUCACAGGUGUGAGUAGAAUUUUUCGGGGAACUCGAUUUACAUCACCGUUACGCAAUAUAAUCGCAAAACCCAUCCCGGGCAGAUUGGUACCGCUUGUCACGAGACAGAACCAAAAAGAAAGAAAUUAUUUUCUCUGUCAAAUGUAAUGGUAUAUCUACAACAAUGAGUGGAUCAGACAAUAGCAGCACGGGUAUGAAAAUAAUUCGAGAUGAGAACGGAAAAAUAAUUAAAACGGCUGAAGGAAUUUUAUGUGAAUGUGUGGAUAGUGAUGGAAAUGUCAAAUUAAAAUUUGUAGGGGCACGCUCGACUUGUAGCACAUCAUCGUCAGCAACUGAAAAUGCGAGCAUAAUGCCGUGCAGUACAGCUUCAUUUAACAAUGAAGAAACUAUAAAGAAAGGAAAUGAUUCGCAUGGAGUUGCAUGGACAGAUAAUGAAAGCAAAGUAUUGCUACAAUUAUAUUAUGAAAAUAUUGGAGAAAUAGAUCCAUUUUCCACAUUUAAAAAUAAAAAAUGUAUGUGGGAAUUUAUAAGUAAUGAAGUUACAAGAAAAUGUGGAAUUUUUUGUUCGUCUUUGCAAUGUGAAUACCGAUAUAAAAAUAUGUUACAAAGAAGAAAUGCUGCAAAGAAAAAUAAUAAAAAAUCGGGACAUGAAAAAUGUGACAUAGAAUUUGAAGAAGAAUUUGAAUUAAUUAGUAGCAUCGACCGAUAGCCUCGAACCUGAGGUUUGCUUUGGAAUAGGCCAGCUUACUGUAAAAAAAAGAAAAUUAUACACUUCGGACAGUGAAGAAAUUGUAAGAAAAGGUCAAAACUCUCCAAACAUUUUUGCAGUAUUACGAGAUAUUCAAAAUGAAAAAGAAAAACAGAAAGAGCGUCGACAUAAAGAAAAAAUAGAAGUUCUGCGAGAAUUAUUU